AUGAGUAAAUCGGAAAAUAAAAAGUCAGAGACACCUCCACCUGAAAAGCCAUCCACAACAUCAGAAAAAGAUGGCACCAGCAAUGAUAAUCAGAAAAAGCCAUUGCCCAAUGCCAAUCUUCGAGUAGAGACCAACAAUAUAGGUACGCCACAGCCAUCACAAAACACUGGAUCACAGAGAAUGCACCCAGCAGCAUCCAUCAUGAGCAGUUCAGCCACGCCCAUAACCACCACCACUACGGCCACUAAUACCACGAGACCCUACUCGACCGCCAACAAUGCCAGUAGACCACGAAAGGCGGAAUUGCCAACAGACAGUCGACCUGAAAGAGCACAAAGGCCAGAAGAUCUAAGAAGAGCUCAAUACUUGGUCAAUUCAUCCAGCCAUUCCAAUGCUCCCAAAGAUGCUGGCAACAGCACAGCUUCAAAGCAAUCUAAAAGAAGACCUGCCAAUUGCUGGACAACGGCAAGUUGGAUACUGACAUGGUGGGCACCUCCAUUCAUGUUGAGAACAUUUGGUAUCAAAGAUAAAGGUAUGCAGCAAGCAUGGCGUGAAAAGGUGUCGCUGGUGCAAGUCAUCAUCUUUUUGUGCGCUAUCGUCGGUUUCCUGACAUUUGGCUUCAAUGCUACUGUGUGUGGAAGGCAAGCCAAUCGUAUUCGUCCCACGGGCGUCGAGUACAACCACAUUGUCAUUUCUGGAAGAGCCUUUGAUUUGAAAUCAUUUAGACAUCCUACGCCAGUGAUUGAUAUGCCUGGUAGUGGCGAUUUACAAGAAUUAGGUGUUGGCGGCCGUGAUCUGUCCUUUUUGUUUCAAACCGUAAAUUACAACUGCAAAGGCAUUUUGAAGCCUAUUCAAGCGGAUGAUCAGAAUGGCAAUGUAGCCAACUACUUUCCAUGUGUGACACUGGAUAGAUACGACCCCAAAAUCAAUGCGACAGACAACCCGCAGCGCAAUGGCUGUCAUAUCAGCACCAAUUCUCGGCUGGCUCUGCGUCGUUUGGAUGUGGUGGGUGAUGUUUACUACAACUGGACAGAUAUUCAGAAACCAGGCACUAGUUUGGUAGCCUUCAAUGGAAAUGUGCUGGAUCUCUCUCGUCUCCGUUACCUCACGCCAAAUAUCCCUCUGCCUAUUCAGGUCGCCCAGAUUGUGGGCCCUGGAAGUGCGUUCAUCGGCAGAGAUGCCACUUACUGGCUCAGUACCACUGCUGAUAGACUGCAAAUUGGCAAGUGUCUUACAGAUAUUCUCAAAGUGGGUGUGGUCGAUACUAGGUCCACAGGCUGUAUUAUUUCCGAUAUCGUCUUGUGGGUGUCUCUGGCUGUCAUCUUGGGCGUGGUGUUGAUUCGUUUCUUUUUGGCGCUGGUCUUUGGCUGGUUUGUCUCUUGGAAAUUGGGCAGCAUUCGAGAAGAAACGGAUGAAGACAGGCGUAAACGACAGGAGAAGGUGUUGGAAUGGGAGAUGAACAAUGCAGAAGAAAUGCAUUACCCAAGAACACAGAGCAUUGCUUCUAUCCCUAUUGCAUCUAUCGUUCAGCAAACAGGCCCUGCUGUCCCAGCACCUCUGACUACGGCUGAUGUCCGCAACUCGUUCGCCACUGAUGAAAUGGCUCAUUCCGCUGUCAAUUCACCUCAGGUCAAUCAACAGCAAAAGGCAAAACGCAGAUUCUUCCCCACCACAUCCCGAUUCACGCAGCCCAAUUCGCCCCGUUCGCUCAGUAGUUCACGCCAUUUUGGCACACCUGCUAGCAUGCUGGAUGGCAGCUACAGCAACAUGGCAUCACCCAAUAUACCUUAUACCCUCAGCUCUCAAUUCUUUCGUAAUAUGGACGACAAUCAGUCUCAAAACAAUGCCUCUAUCUUGCAAGCACAGACACACAACUUUAACUUUGACCUCAUUCAUACAUUCAUGGUGGUAACCUGCUACUCUGAAGGCGAAGAAGGCCUUCGCACUACGCUGGAUUCACUAGCCAACACAGAUUACCCAAGCUCACACAAGAUGCUGCUGGUCAUUUGUGAUGGUAUCAUUACUGGCUCUGGUAACGGCAGCUCAACACCUGAUAUUGUGCUCUCCAUGAUGAAGGAUGACCUCGUACCUCGAGAGCAAGUCCAGCCUUCAUCCUAUGUCGCUAUUGCAGAUGGUACCAAGCGCCACAACAUGGCUAAAGUGUAUGCUGGCUACUACAGCUACAAUACAGAUGCGUCCAAGAUCCCGGAGGUCAUACCUGAAGAUCAACAACAGACAGUGCCUAUGAUUGUGAUUGUCAAGUGCGGUACAGAAGCUGAGGCCAGCGACAAGAAGCCUGGUAAUCGCGGCAAGCGUGAUAGUCAAGUUAUUUUGAUGAACGCCAUGCAAAAGGUGUAUUACGGCGAGCGUAUGUGUGAUUUAGAAUAUCAGUUCUGUAAAGCCGUUGUCAAGUUGACUGGCAAUCAUCCCUCAAGAUUUGAAACAUGCUUAAUGGUGGACGCUGACACAAAGGUAUACCCUGAUUCUUUAGCACGCAUGAUUGCAUGCAUGUCCAGAGACCCUUAUAUUAUGGGUCUAUGUGGAGAAACAAAGAUUGCCAAUAAGAGUGAUAGUUGGGUCACUGCUAUUCAAGUCUUUGAAUAUUACAUUUCGCAUCAUAUGAGUAAAGCAUUCGAGUCCAUCUUUGGUGGUGUUACCUGUCUCCCUGGAUGUUUCUGUAUGUACCGUAUUAUUGCUCCUAAAGGCGAUCGUUAUGUACCCAUCUUCUGUUCGUCUGACAUUGUCGAAAUGUACUGCGAAAACGUGGUGGAUACGCUUCAUAAAAAAAACUUGCUCCUCUUGGGUGAAGACAGAUAUCUCACUACACUGAUGCUUCGAACAUUCCCCAAGCGCAAAAUGAUAUUUGUGCCUCAAGCUGUGUGUAAAACGGUGGUUCCUGAUACAUUUGAAGUGUUACUGUCACAACGACGAAGAUGGAUCAAUUCUACUGUACAUAAUCUGUUGGAGCUCGUGCUGAUCCGCGAUUUAUGUGGCACCUUUUGCUUUUCCAUGCAAUUUGUAGUUUUUAUGGAACUCGUGGGCACCGUUGUUUUACCUGCUGCCAUUUCAUUCACUAUCUACUUGAUUAUCAUAUCCUUCUUUGUCACACCUAUUCCUAUCAUUCCAUUGAUGCUGUUGGCAGCUAUUCUCGGUCUACCCGCGGUGCUCAUUGCAUUAACGACUCGCAAGAUGGUGUACAUUGGCUGGAUGGGUGUGUACUUGCUAUCAUUACCCAUUUGGAAUUUCAUUUUACCUGCUUACGCUUACUGGCAUUUUGAUGACUUUUCGUGGGGUCAAACUCGCAUGGUAGAAGGAGCAACGACCGAAAAAAGUGAAGAUCAUGGACGUCGAGAGGGUGAAUUCGAUAGCACUGGUAUUAUUAUGAGAAAAUUUGAAGAAUGGGCCAAACAGGAGAGAAAGUUGAUGGCAGAAGAGCGCAUGUCAUCAUCGACAAUCAUUAGAAGUUAUCCAAAAGUAUACUAUGGCCAUUAA